AUGCUCUGUCCAGACAUUCAACAACCCAUGUAUCCAUUCUAUAGCCAAAACGCAUCCAUGUCGCCGCCAAAUACCGCACUACUGCAAUCCAAUGACUUUAAAUUUGCUCCACAACCAACACAUCUCUAUGAUCCGUCGUCCUAUUACAUCAGCCAGCAACAGCAGCAACAACAGCAAGCACAGACAUUCAUCACAACCACAGCCGGGUCUAUAAGCAGUAGUGGUACAGAAGAUGAAGAACUCGCAGCCAUAAGCACGCCUCGUCGCAAUAGCUGUACACGGUCUAGAAAAAGAAAGCUGAAUUCAACAGACGAUGCAGAUGGUGAAAAGCGCAAGCAUUUCCUGGAGCGAAAUCGACAAGCUGCUUUAAAGUGCAGGCAGAGAAAGAAGCAAUGGUUGACAAAUCUACAGGAGCGAGUCGAGUUCUUAGCAAAUGACAAUGAGCAAUUGCAGCUACAGGCAAAUGUCAUGCGGGACGAAGUGAUGCAUUUACGGAAUUUGCUGCUAGCACACAAAAAUUGCCCCAUGGCAAGCAACCUUCCACCGCAAUACCAUGAUGUGUAUAAUACUGCCAAUAAAGUGUUUGCUGAAUAA